CCCUCCAAGACAGCCACCAAGCCCACUCCAGCUGCCCUUUGUAAGUGUUAAUUCCAGUUUUUAUUCGUUGUUUUACUUCAUCUCUAAUCUUUUUGCGUGCCCUUGUUUCAGACCCCUCCAAGACAGCACACCAAGCCCACUCCAGCCGCCCUCGGUAAGUGUUCAUUCCAGUUCUUAUUCGUUUUUUAACUUCAUGUCUAAUCUUUUUGCUUGCCCUUGUUUCAGACCCCUCCAAGACAGCCACGAAGCCCACUCCAUCCGCCCUCUGUAAGUGUUAAUUCCAGGCUUUAUUCGUUGUUUUACUUGAUGUCUAAUCUUUUUGCUUGCCCUUGUUUCAGACCCCUCCAAGACAGCACACCAAGCCCACUCCCACCGCCCUCGGUAAGUGUUCAUUCCAGUUUUUAUUCGUUUUCUUACUUCAUGUCUAAUCGUUUUGCUUGCCCUUGUCUCAGACCCCUCCAACACUGGACGCCAAGCCUCAGCCGCCCUUUACCCCUCCAAGACAGCACACCAAGCCCACUCCAGCCGCCCUCUACCCCUCCAACCAAGACAGCACACCAAGCCCACUCCAGCCGCCCUCUACCCCUCCAAGACAGCACACCAAGCCCACUCCAGCCGCCCUCUACCCCUCCAACCAAGACAGCACACCAAGCCCACUCCAGCCGCCCUCUACCCCUCCAAGACAGCACACCGAGCCCAUUCCAGCCGCCCUCUACCGCUCCAACACAGGACGCCAAGCCUCAGUCGCCCUUUACUCUGCAAAGCAGCAGCAGCAGCAGCAGCAGGGGGGGUGAAGCUGAGGGAAGGGAGGAGGCAUGGGAGUGUGGGGUGGUAUGGGGAGUGUGGUGUGGGGGUUGUAUGGGGAGUGUGGGGUGCCAUGGUGUGUGGUGUGCUCCUGUUCCACGGUUUUUGAGGCGCCUCAAAUCCGUGUUGUGCCUGUGACUAACUGUGUCUGUGUUGUGGCCUGCAGUGCACUGCAGUGCCUGUUCCGUUCGUGCCUGUGCGUACCUCACUUGUAGCACGAGCUGCAGUGAGGAAAUUUUGAGUUUUGAGGCGACCUGCAGACGUCUCAAAAUGCCAUAGGUUCGAGCUCAUUGCACACGAGGUGCAGUGAGCACAUCUGAGUUUUGAGACGACCUGCAGAUGUCUCAAAACGCAGGAGGCAUUCCCUCACUGCACACGAGGUGCAGUGAGCACAUCUGAGUUUUGAGACGACCUGCAGAUGUCUCAAAACGCAGGAGGCCUCCCCUCAUUGCACACGAGGUGCAGUGAGCACAUCUGAGUUUUGAGACGACCUGCAGAUGUCUCAAAACGCAGGAGACCUCCCCUCACUGCACACGAGGUGCAGUGGGGAAAUGUGAGUUUUGAGACGACUCAAAACUCGCCCUGCUUCUGUUCACUGCAGACGAACUGCAGUGAGCAGAACUGGGCAACAAAAAAAAAAAAAAAAAAAAAAAACGCACACACAGAAAAUGGCAGCAGGAAUUGGGCAGCAAGAAGUGGCAACAGGCAGCUUCAAUUGAGGAGUUUUUUCACCUGCCCGCCAGGGGGCAGGAGGAUGAACCUUUUUUCUCUGAAUUGUUUCUCCCCCCCUCCCAACAGGGUCCCAAGCGAUGGACCCCCACCUCAUCGUUGGUGCUUGGGUGUAACGCUAGGGGGUAACACCCCUAGCGGCCAAGAGGGGUCCCAAUACUUAGUGUACAGCUUUGUUGCAGAGAUCAUUUAGCUUAUCAAUGGUGCUGUAGUAGCUUGUGAGACGAUUCUAGCUCCUGUAGGCAAAAGGCCGAUGUGCUAUCAUUUGUGUAUAAGGCACCCCUGUAUGUUAUCAGUGGUGUAAACAAGCCUAAUGGCCCGAUGUACAUUCUGCAGAACCACCCAUAGCUGUUUGUGGCCUUUGAACA